GGCUCCGAGCGCAGUCUGCUGGAUACCAGAGAGAGGAGAGAGCUGGGAGAGGCGAGCCUUUAAAUCUCUGCAGUGCAGAGCUGGAAAAGCUGCUUCUCAGAGAAAAUCAGACGCCAUAUGUAACCCUGCUUGUUUUCUCUUCUUAUUUUUCCUGGAGAAAAAAAGAGACUAUACGGUAAAGGAAGUUGUUGCGUGGACUGGUGCCCCGUCUUUUCGUCUACCAUUAUUUGUGUUUUUUUUUUUUUUUUUUUUGCUUUUGACUUCACUUUUGCUGAAAGGACUGCGGUUUUACUUUUUGCACUGAAGCGCGCUACUUUCUACCUCCAGCCCGGGCAGAAGUGGGCUCCAUGACGCAGAUCGUGCGCAGAGCGUCAGUCUGAAAGUUUUCCUCUGCAACUUUUUUUCCCCUCCCGUUCACUUUUUUCCCUCAACCAAUUUCACCGUGUUUCAUGCUACAACAAGUCAGCGCAGAGCGGUGGAGGAGCCAAAAGAACUAUUGCAUGAAACCAGAAAGAAAAGAAGAGACGCUGAUUAAUAAGUCAGUUUUUGUGACGCUCGCAAAUUAUCUGCAAAAGGGUCGCGACAACAACAUGAGUGCAGAGCUGAGCAUGGGCUCGGAGCUACCCAGCAGCCCUCUGGCUCUGGAAUAUGUCAAUGAUUUCGACUUGAUGAAGUUCGACGUGAAGAAGGAAGGCCUGGCCGGGUUGGAUCGCAACGGGGUGCGUCAGUGUAACCGUCUGCAGCCCCAAGGCUCCGUGUCCUCUACUCCCAUCAGCACGCCCUGCAGCUCAGUACCAUCCUCGCCCAGCUUCAGUCCUACAGAGCAGAAGCACCACUUAGAGGAACUGUACUGGAUGCCCAACAGCGGGUACCACCAGCAGAUAGACCCACAGACGCUGAACCUGACCCCCGAGGACGCAGUGGAGGCCCUGAUUGGUGCCACGGCCCACGGACACCCUCCACCCCCACACGUCCAACAGCAGCUGCAGCAGCAGGGGGCUUUUGAGGGCUACAGGGGCCCGCACCACCACCACCACAGCCAUCACCCCCACAGCCAGCAGCAUCACCAUCCGUAUGCCGGGAGCAUGCAGCACCACACCGAGGAACUGAGCGGGCACCCAGGUGGACACAACCACCCCCACGGGCAACACCAUCACCACCAUAGCCAAGACCCCGAAAGUCCCUCCCCGGUUUCCCCAGAGGCCCAUCAGACGCUCCAUCAUCACCGUCACCACCAUCACCACCAUCCGCACGGCCACCUAAGCCAGUCCGCGGCGCACCACUCCUCCGGGAGCGGACUCAGCGUAGAGGACCGCUUCUCCGACGAGCAGCUGGUGUCCAUGUCUGUGAGAGAGCUUAACAGACACCUACGGGGCUUCACCAAGGACGAGGUCAUCCGCCUGAAGCAGAAGAGGAGGACCCUCAAGAACCGGGGCUAUGCCCAGUCCUGCAGGUUCAAGCGCGUGCAGCAGAAGCACGUGCUGGAGAACGAGAAGACGCAGCUGAUGAACCAGGUGGAGCAGCUGAAGGCGGAGAUCAGCCGGCUGGCUAGGGAGAGGGACGCCUACAAGCUUAAGUGCGAGAAACUGACGGGGUCAGGGGCCACCAACGGGUUCCGCGAGGCUGGUUCCACCAGUGAUAACCCGUCAUCACCCGAGUUCUUCAUGUGAGUUGUUGCUCUCUUGUAAAAGCCAUCACAACAAACUCUCCCCCUCCACCCCACCAUUCUCCUCGGACUCAGUUUGCUGACGAACAGCUGAUAAUAGUCCAGGCUCCCAUACGGUUUGAUUAUAUUAACAAAAGCUAUAUUAGAAGAAAAAAAUAAUCCAUCAGAUAUUCUCAUAUACUCAUCCCCUCAUUCACAACCAAGAUACAAUAGAGUGUCUGAUAAGUUGCAGCAACUUUUUAGAUUAGUUGCUUCUAGUGAAGAGACUGUUUUCUUCUCCAGAGGAUGGCUGAUGAACUUUUUUUCUUCUUUCAGGCUACAGCUUUUAAAUAACCUGUAAGUAGUGUGGGAUGGCUCCCAUGGCGGUUGUCUUGUAACUUUCCUCUUCUUCUUUUUUUUAAAUUUUUUAAAAAAAUGUUUUCUUUAUUUCUCUAAAAUCACGACAUUGUUAUGGAACAAGCAGGCCUGGUUCUGCAGUUUGCAACCCAUAUGAGACUCACAUUCGACAAGUGGGCCCGCAAUGGGGGGAGAGGGGGGGAAAGCGGGACUCCACUUUAUGCAAAGUUUUGUCUCUGACCCGCCACGGGGGAACGUUUUAUGCAACAUCUCAUUGAUUUAUUGCCUGCUUGGUUAUAGUCGAAUAUAUAUUGAAAAGAAGUCUGCAUUAAAUAUUAAUCCUGCAUGCUGGACAUGUACGGUAAUAAUUUCUAUUUUGUAUUUUCAUCUUUUCCUGUAUAUUAAGAGCAUGUGUUGAUCUGCGUUUCUCCAUAGAUUUGUUUAGGGGGGGGGGGGGGGGGGGGGGGGUAGAGAAUAGCUGCGGGGACACAACAGCAGGACUGCCGGUGCAGUAUCAUGGUGUGGGUUCGUUUUGGCUUGUAAAUAUUAUGCAACCGCAAAACUGCACAAGAUUCAAGAGGCUCGUUUGAACUUCUUUAUUUGUGUUGUUUUUCUUUUGUUUUCCCCUGUUUUACUAGUGAAGACAGGAGGGGGGGAUGGGAUCUGACAAAGUUUGGAGGGCAUUCUUUUUUUUAAGUAGUUGCAUUAAAAUACUGCGUGUCAAGUGCACUUUUGUCAGUGAUUUCAAAGUUUUCAUUUGGGCUAUUGUGCAGACCUCCCUCGAGGAAACAUACUAUGAUAAAAUAUUGUAGCAUUAUUAAGGACAGGCCUGUGGAGUGACGUUUGGAUGCAGAUUUGCUGCGUGAGUUUAUGAAAACGAGCGUGUGGCGACAUGAUUAUUGGCUUCUGCAAACCAGGAAUUGGUAAAAGUUGUCUUAUAAUUCUUAUUUGGCGUUAACGCAGCUUAGAAAAUGAACCCAUGCCUUAACAUUUACAUUUAAGUGAAACGGAUUUGACCUAAAACAGAAGAAAAAGUUGUUGUGAUUCGAUUGGCAGCCACCUGUUUCGUGUUUUUGCGCAUUGGCCUAAUGGUUUUUAAUUUUCACAGAAACACGGCAACUAUUAGCUCGUCAGAGAACAGAAUGUAAAUUAAAAUUAUACAUAUACAUACUAUUUCAUGUUUUCCUAUUUUUUUCUGCAGGUCAGUAAAAAAGGGGGACUCAGGUCGUGCAAAUUCUCAAAAUGAAAACAAUGUUUAUGUUAUGUAAUACUUUCUUGUCUGUUUUAUUAUUAUUUGAUGAUUCUGGUUCUGCUGGCCAGAUGCAUACCUUUUUUUUUAUUAUUAUUUUAAUGAUUUAAAUUAAAGUGUCAAAUCAUAUCAAUUAAGCAUGGUGCUUGCAUUGCAACUGUCGUUAAAAAGUCAUGCAUUUAACAAUCGUUGGUUUGUUGAUUCAACUGUGUUGAAAUCGAACUGAAACUGCAGCAGCGGGUUGUUGUUUUGUUUUUCUCCAAUUCCAUGUACUUAUGAUGAUGGGGAUCAGUUUUCAAACCUGUUUAUAUAAAUAAUAGUAACACUUAAAUUUGAACUGUUUCAUUCAGGCUGGUUUCUGUUUUGUCUUUUUGUUGUUGUUUUUGACAAAGUUGUUUCCUAUUUUGCUUAUUAAAGUCAUUGAAAUGGCAA